CUACAAGAUAUUAUUUUAAACUAGAUUUCAGUAGUUAUGAUUUAGAAUGUGGAAUUAAAACUAAUUCAAAAAUUCGAUCGACAUAACCUCAAUGUUUUUUUUAACCUCAAAACCUUCAAAAAAUGAUUUAAUAACAGAAUGACCUCCGAGGUGAACCUUAAACAAACUUUGCGCAAAUUGGAGUUCCCGCUUUGCGCCAAAGAAGCCCUAAAUAAAAUCGGUGAGCUAAUAUGUGGUCGCAUCACCAGUAUCAAAAACAUGGACCUGGCGCUCAAUCUCAUGUCCGAAUUCAUAUUCUACGAGGUAGAUCGGCGGGGUAACAAGCGCACCUCCCCCCUGUCUGCGCUAAUGGAGCUCCACUUGCUAGAAAUUUUAUUCGAACACUUCAACAGUCUCUCAAACGAAGCGGCCAGAAACACCGUUUUCUUGUCACUUUUCAGUGGAACCACUGCUAUGCAAAGAGCAGGAAUUUUGAGCAAAUUAGUGUCUUUAGCGAUCGGAAUUCCGUCACCAGCUAUCCUAACAUCUGCCAGCACGUGGAUGCAACAGUUGGGGUGCACUUCUGUAAACAGUUGCAAACUAGCAGAAGCUAUAGUUUACGACUAUUUCCACCUCGUACCUAGCGCUUCAGAACGAAUGAAAACAUUGCCAGACGUUGCGCCCCAAUUCACGGCCAACUUCCUAACUGCCGUUGCCGAAAAUUACUACAAUUCGAAAAAUAAGGACCAGACGUAUCCUUCGGAAGGUUUACUUCAAACAAUCACAUUUUGGAUUUCGCAAAAUGCCUGUUUGUGCAUAGCCGCCCAGCAGAAACAAGCCGCUCUGCCCCCGGGGGCUAUCGCCAUGGAGGCCACAACUGCAAUCGCGGGGCUCAUCAGAUGGUGCACAUUGGCCCCCUUAUGCGACCAAGACUCGGACUUGUAUUGUCAUUUACACUUAGCGCUGCUUAACAGCAUCCUUGAAAUACCGCAAACACAGCCCCCUAAAGCGAUCAGCGCCCAACAUUUGACCGUAGCCCUGAGACACAUUUUAUUGUCGAGCAACAAAGGGGGCAAACAACCCAAUUUACAAAUCGCGUUAGACAGAUUUGCACAAGCUGUGCAAGUUGCCCUUGCGACUAAAUGUGUCUAUGGGAAAAUAGAUGAUCUCAUGAGCCAGUUGCAACAACUUCCUUUCAAUAAAUUAUUGAGUAUUAUCAUAAAUACGCACAAAGAGUCGAAAUAAAGUUUUAUUUUUUUAAUUAAAAGGGUUUAAAA